AUGAAGCAGGGCAUCGAACAUUUGUUCUUCGGGUAUACACUGUGUGUCAAGAAAAGGGUACCGGAACUUCUGCAUCUUCCGAAAACAGAUUCUAGCCACUAUGUGACCACCUCUGAUAAUAAUACUCUUUCAGCUAACAUAUAUGAUAACACUUCAAAUUCUGAUAGCAUUAAGGAGAAGAGACCAAAACCUAUCCUCGGAUAA